AUGCCUGCCUCAGUCGAUGUCGGAGCGGACCUCUUGCCCAACGUCCAUGAUCCGGCAGCUAUCGACGCUCAGACCGUUUGCCCGGGAUACAAGGCAUCGCAGGUCAAAGAGAGUGAUAACUGCUUGACCGCCGUGCUUACGCUUGCCGGUGCUCCCUGCAAUGUGUAUGGAAACGAUAUUGAGGUUUUGAAACUGACUGUCGAAUAUCAGAGUGCCAACCGACUUGCCAUCAACAUCAGCCCUGCGAACAUUGACGCCUCGAAUUCCUCUUGGUAUAUUGUCCCAGAAGACUUGAUUCCUAGACCGAAGGCAGAUUCAACUGCGGGAGACAUUGACCUCGAAUUUGAUUGGGACGAUGAACCUUCAUUCUGGUUCAGUGUUACAAGGCACUCUACUGGUGAUGUGAUCUUCUCAUCCGAGAACACUAGACUAGUUUAUGAAGACCAGUUCAUUGAAUUCGUCUCUCAUCUUCCGGAGGACUACCACCUAUACGGCCUUGGUGAACGCAUUCAUGACUUUCAAUUGAAUCGCAACUUAAGCGCAACCAUCUAUGCUGCAGAUGCUGGGGAUCCAAUCGAUGACAAUAUAUACGGCAGCCAACCGUUCUAUCUCGAGACAAGGUACUUUGAAACAGACAAAGAAGGACAGAGAAAGCUAGUCAAGAAGACUAAGAUCGAUGAGCGCGGUCAUGGCUCGAAGCAUCAAAAUCCGAACGGUGGCUACCCGACCAAUGGUUCGAAUGGCGGCGGCAGUGGUGGACCUACAUACGAGUCCCAUUCUCACGGUGUGUAUCUCAGGAACCUUCACGGACAAGAACCGAAACUAUCCAGCGACCGGAUCACAUGGCGUACUAUUGGAGGUAACAUUGAUCUGUUCUUUUACGACGGGCCGACGCAACCAGAAGUCACAAAGCAAUAUCUCAAAUCUUUGGAUGCCUUUCCCGCUCUACAACAAUAUUGGGCUUUUGGUUAUCACCAAUGUCGUUGGGGCUACCACAACUGGACCGAGUUGCGAGAGAUUGUUGAUACCUUCAAAGCCUUCGACAUUCCAUUGGAAACAAUCUGGACUGAUAUUGACUACAUGAAUCAAUAUCGCGACUUCACUCUGGACCCAGUGUCAUUCCCACAAUCAGGCGUGAAGGAGUUCUUCGAUUACAUCCACAGCAAGAACCAGCACUUCGUUCCAAUCGUAGACUCGGCAAUAUACAUCCCGGAUCCCCAGAAUGCGUCCGACGCAUAUGACACAUACACUCGCGGAAACGAGUCAGGUUCUUUCCUGACCAACCCAGACGGAAGUCAAUACAUUGGCGCUGUUUGGCCGGGUUAUACCGUCUUCCCAGACUGGCUCUCUGCCAAUGGGCAAGCAUGGUGGGUGAAGGAGCUUGUUGAGUGGUACAAGGAAGUCCCAUUCUCGGGCAUCUGGAUCGACAUGUCUGAAGUAUCCUCCUUUUGCGUUGGAUCUUGCGGCACUGGAAACGUCACCUUGAAUCCCGUUCACCCGCCGUUCAGCCUUCCGGGAGAAGUUGGAAACCGUAUAUAUGACUUCCCUGAAGGCUUCAAUGUUACAAACACAACUGAAGCUGCUUCCGCAAGUUCUGCAAGUAGCUCACAAGCCUCACAACUCAGUGCGACAGCUGAACCGCCACCAAGCACUACUAGCUAUCUCAACACUACUCCGACCCCCGGAGCAAGGAAUGUCAAUCAUCCUCCAUAUGUGAUCAACAACGUCCAAGGAGACUUGGCCGUCCAUGCUGUCAGCCCGAACGCGACGCAUGCCAACGGCGUACAAGAAUACGAUGUGCACAACAUCUUUGGGCACCAGAUCCUCAACGCAACCUAUGAAGGCCUCCUCUCAGUGUUCCCCGGCAAACGACCGUUCAUCAUUGGAAGAUCGACGGCUACCGGUUCUGGCAAAUGGGCCGGCCAUUGGGGUGGAGACAACGCUUCAAAAUGGUACUACAUGUACUUCUCCAUCUCACAAGCGCUCUCUUUUUCGCUCUACGGUAUCCCCAUGUUCGGUGUUGACACUUGCGGCUUCAAUGGCAAUACUGACUACGAGCUCUGCUCGCGCUGGAUGCAACUUUCAGCCUUCUUCCCAUUUUAUCGCAACCAUAACACUCUGUCUGCCCUAUCCCAGGAGCCCUUCCGUUGGGCUAGCGUGGCCUCUGCCUCAAAGACCGCCAUGAAUAUCCGCUAUUCCCUUCUCCCAUACAUCUACACGUUGUUUUAUGAAGCCCAUACCACUGGUUCGACGGUCAUGCGUGCUCUGGCGUGGGAGUUCCCGCAAGAGCCGCAGCUCGCAGAUGUGGGCACGCAGUUUCUGCUUGGGCCCAACAUCCUCAUCACGCCGGUCUUAGAACCUCAAGUCGAGACCGUCAACGGCGUCUUCCCUGGCGUCGUUGACGGAACGAGCUGGUACGACUGGUACACUGGAGAGAAGGUGAAUGCGCAGGCCGGCGUGAAUACUUCUAUCCCUUCACCGUUGGGCCACAUACCUGUCCAUCUUCGUGGCGGAUCAGUCACACCAAUCCAGGAGCCAGGGUACACGACCACAGAAUCACGCGCUAACCCUUGGGGUUUGAUCGUGGCGCUCAGCGACGAUGGCAAGGCGUCAGGCUACCUCUACGUGGACGAUGGUGAGUCAAUCGAACAGGAUGCGACGCUAGAAGUGGCGUUCAUUGCGGAGGAUGGAGAACUGAAGGUUGAGGCCAAGGGUGAGUAUAACGAUCCUAAUGCGCUAGGCAAUAUCACCAUCCUUGGAGUCUUUGACGGUAUUGGUGACGUAGAGCUCAACGGAAAGGCUGUGGACGGAGGGAACGUGGCGUACGAUGAGGCGACGGGUGUGCUGAAGCUCAGCAGUCUGAAUGAGCUUACGAAGGGAGGAGCGUGGCAGGGAGCGUGGUCGUUGAGCUGGGGAAAGUAG